CACAGCAAAAAACACCUCUUUUCCACAUACGUACUUCGAUCUCCAUUUUUGAUUUCUCUCUUUCUUUCCUGAGCAUAACUAUCAUGUCUUUUCUUGGGGAGGUUGCUCUCACAGCUUUCUUUGAUGGGUUGUUUGGCAAGCUAUCCUCUUCUGAUUUCCUCAACUUUGUAACUGAAAAGCAGGUCUUCCAGGAGAUCAACAAGUGGAAAAAGAUGCUGCGGGAUAUCCGUGCCGUGCUUGAUGAUGCAGAGGGGAAGCAGAUGAAGGAUCAGUAUGUGAAGAACUGGUUGGCCGAUCUUCAAGACUUGGCUUACGAUGUUGAUGACAUUUUGGACGAGUUUGCCACUGAAGCUUUGGGGCACAAGCUGACAUCCUUGGAGGAACCUCAAGGCAUAAAAAAUAAGGUACAAAAGAUCAUUCAUGCUUGUUUCUCUUCAAAAACUUUCAUGUUUAAUAAUAAGAUGAUGUCCAAGAUUAAAGAGAUCAGUGCUAGAAUGAAUGAUUUGGCCACACAAAGAACUCAAUUGGAAUUGCGAGGCAUUAAUGGGGGAGCAAGGUCCAACAGACUGAUACAAAGGCUUCAGCCUACUUCUUUGGUGGAUGAAACUCAGGUGUACGGUAGGCAAGAAGAAAAGGCAGCAUUACUUGAAUUGCUUCUGAGCAAUGGUGGUACUGACAAUGAAGCUUCUGUGAUUCCCAUCGUUGGCAUGGGAGGAAUUGGCAAGACAACUCUCGCACAACUUGUCUACAAUGAUACUAGGAUACAAAAUUCUUUCCAUGACAAGGCGUGGGUAUGCGUUUCUGAUGAUUUUGAUGCCGUUAUGAUAACGAAGACAAUUCUACAAUCAAUUGCUCCUGAUUCUUGUACCAAUAUUAAUGAUUUCAAUUUGCUUCAAGUCAAGUUGAAGGAGAAGCUGGCUGGGAAAAAGUUUUUGCUUGUCUUGGAUGAUAUCUGGAACGAGAAUUAUCUGGAGCUGACCAACCUACUCUCUCCAUUCAGAGUUGGAACCAAAAUUCUCAUUACAACACGGAGUCACAAUGUUUCUUCUAUUAUGGGCACUGUUAAAGCUUACCCGCUACAAAAGUUAUCACAGGAAAAUUGUCUAUCUGUAUUUACUCAACAUGCAUUAAGGGCAAAUGAUUUUAGUGGGCAUCCUGAAUUAAAAGAAGUUGGGGAAAUUAUAGUGAAAAAGUGUAAAGGCUUACCUUUGGCUGCUAAAGCCAUUGGUGGUUUACUACGCACUAGCCUGUACUAUGAGGCAUGGAAAGGUAUAUCAGAAAGCGAGAUAUGGGGCAUACCAGAAGAGGAAUGUGGCAUAAUUCCAGCUCUACGUUUGAGCUACCAUCAUCUUCCUUCACAUUUGAAGCGAUGCUUUGCAUAUUGCUCUAUACUCCAUAAAGAUUAUGAAUUCGGGGAGGAGGAAAUAAUCCUGUUAUGGAAAGCAGAAGGUUUUCUACAACCAGCAAGCCUUGGAACUCAACUCGAAGUUCUAGGUAGUCAAUAUUUUCGAGAUCUAGUCUCAAGGUCAUUUUUUCAAGCAUCUACUAGGAACAAAUCUCGAUUCAUAAUGCAUGAUCUUGUCAAUGAUCUAGCUCAAUCGGUUGCAGGGGAAAUAUGCUCCAAAUUGGAGGAUGAUAAACAGUUGAGAUUUUCGAAAGGUACUCGACAUUCAUCUUAUGUUCGUGGUCGUUAUGAUGGAAUGAAAAAGUUUGAAGCCUUAAAUCAAACAAAGCAUUUACGAACCUUUCUACAGUUUCCUGGAUCGUCAUGGGCACCUGAAGGUGAUUGUUAUUUAAGUAAGAAUGUCCUGGUUGAUUUACUGCCCAAACUUAGAUGCUUAAGAGUUCUUUCUUUGAAAGGGUAUCGCAUCAUUGAGUUACCAAACUUUUUUCAUAACUUAAUGCAUUUGCGCUACUUGGACUUUUCUCAUACUACAAUUAAAAGUUUGCCUGAUUCAAUACACAUCCUUUAUAAUUUAGAAACUUUACUAUUAUGUGGUUGUAGAUUGCUUGAAAAUCUACCUUCAAAUUUACAAAUUCUAGUCAACUUACGUGUUCUCGACAUCACUAAUACACCUUCAAUGAAAGGGAUGCCAUUUGGAGUUGGUAACUUAACCAAUCUUCGAAGACUAUCUGAUUUUGUUUUGGGCAAAGGUGAUGGACAUCAUAUACAAGAGAUGAAGAAUUUGUUAAAUCUGAAGGGUAAGCUUUGUAUCUCAGGGUUAGAGAACAUUGUUAAUGCUCAAGAUGCAUGGGAGGCUAAGUUAAUAUAUAAGUCAGGCCUUCGCACAUUAGAACUAAAGUGGAGUAGAGAAUUUGAUAGUAAUAGAAAUAAAGAAGUUGAAGAAGAGGUCUUGAAUUUGCUUGAACCUCAUAAAAAGCUUGAAGAGCUCUUCAUUCAGGAUUAUGGUGGUACAAAAUUUCCGAUUUGGAUGAAUUCUUCAUUACAAAAUUUGCCGUCUUUGGUUCUCAAGGGCUGUAAAAAUUGCGUAUCACUACCAUCAAUUGGAAAAUUACCAUUGUUGAAGAAUCUUUCUAUUGCUGGAAUGGAUGAGUUAAAAAAGGUUGGCAUUGAGUUCUAUGGGGAGAAUCACUCAAAUGCAUUUGCUUUGUUACAGAGUUUGAGCUUUGAGAAUAUGCCACGAUGGAAGGAAUGGGACUUAGUUGAUGAGCAAGUUGAGAAAUUCCCUAGCCUCAUCGAGCUUUCCAUCAAAAACUGCCCUCAAUUGUUGGGAAGGUUGCCUAACCAUCUUCGUUCCUUGGAGAAGCUUGAAAUUCGUGACUGUGCACAAAUGGUGGUUUCACUUUCAGACCUUCCAAAGCUGUCUCAAUUACAAAUAGAUAGGUGUGCAGAGUUGGUGCUUAAAGAUGAUGCAGACUUUUGCUCAAUAAAAAAAAUCCAUCUUUCAAACGUUGGAAAGUUUUCUACUCCAACAGAAAGGCUGGUAUCAACAUCAACAACAUUGGAGCAUUGUGAGAUUUCUGAUUGUGAGGGAUUGACAUAUUUAUCGCUAAAGAAGUUGGGACUGUUGGGAUCUGUCCGUAAAUUGGAAAUUUAUAAUUGUCCACACCUUCUGUUUUUAGAGCCAGAUGAGGUAGAGGAGGCAGAGGAGGAGCUGUUUCAAGUUGGGAAUCUUUGCAAUAUCGAAUCUUUGAUAAUAUGGCAAAUUGGUCUUAAUAUGGAAUCUUUGAGAAUAAGAAAGCAUUUUCUCCCAUUUCUUACAGAGAUGAAUAUUCAAAACUGCCCAAACAUAGUUUGUUUUGCAAAGAACAACUUUCCCCCACUUCUGAAAAAGUUAGAGAUUGUAAAUUGCGAGAAUUUGCGGUGUUUGGUGGAUGAAGGAGAAAAUAUAAGCAUCGGUAACAUAUCUUCUCUUGAGCUUUUGGAUAUUGAUGGCUGUCCAUCUCUAAUAUCAUUAUCAUUACCUGUUAGGCUUCGACAUCUUAUACUUAUGAGUUGCUCAAAGCUAGCUUCCUUAUCAGAAAGUGGCAAGUUACCCAUAGGGCUUAAACAGCUUGACCUUUCUUUCUGCCCAGAGCUCAAAUCCAUUGCAGAAGUAAUUGAUGAAAAUGCUUGUCUUGAAUCUAUUAGCUUCUUCAGUUGUGGUAUUAAAUCUUUACCGCAAGGAUUAGACAAGCUCAACCAUCUUCGGAGUAUUGAAAUAAUGAGAUGUUCAAAUCUAGUCUCGUUGGAAGGGGUUUUACCCACCACCAAUUUGACUGAGCUUUCUAUCUCCAACUGUGAAAAUUUGCCAGCCCUGCCCAAUUGCAUGCACGGCCUCACCUCUCUUCGAGAAUUACAGGUUGAGAAUGAUUCAGGUGAUCAGAUAUCCAUUCCAGAAGAGGGUAUCUCUACCAACCUAACAUCACUUUCCAUCUCAAUACCAAGAAAUUAUGAGUCUCUACUUGAAAGAGGAUUGCAUAGACUCCCCUCUCUUAAAACACUUUGUAUUUCUGGUGAAGGAUGUCCGAAUAUGGUGUUGUUUCCACCAGAGGAGAUAGGAAUGAUGCUGCCUCCCUCUCUCACCCAUUUGAGCAUUGAAAAUUUUGAAAAUUUGAAAUGCCUAUCCUCCAAAGGCUUUCAAAACCUCACCUCUUUUCAUCAUUUGUCCAUCUUCUCUUGCCCUAAGCUCACAUCUCUUCCUGAAAAAGACAUUCUUAACUCGCUUUUGCAGUUAUUCAUUUGUGCUUGUCCAUUGCUAAAGGAAGAGUGCACAAGGGACAAAGGACGAGAGUGGUCCAAAAUAGCCCACAUACCUCGUGUUCAAAUUUUUGAUUUCUUACCCUUUUUUUGACACCCAAAGGAGUUGAAUUGAAACUUGACUGUAAACUCUGAAAAAAAAAAAAAGAGUUGGCUGUGACAAUCACAGGCAAUUCAAAAGCUUUAGAAGGUAACAUGGUGAGAAACUGGGCUUCUCACUUUUUCAUCUAUAAUGGCAGAAUCAAUGUGUAAAGUUUAAUGGUUGGUUAGUAAACUCAUGCUCAUACAACUUCAGCAGUCUACCUGGCAUUUCAAAAGAUCAUUUCAUGGAAAGGGUGGACUCAACUCUGUUUUUCUUGGGCCUCGUAUGUUGAUUUCUUCCUUUUUCAUGCCUAUGAAAGUGCUGCAGAGGUUGAUGAAUGGAGCGGUAUUUACCGAUCUGCAAUUGCCUUAAUUCUGCAAUCCAUCUGAAAAGUACUCAAACUCACUUUUCCAACUAUCCAUUGCUAACUGUCCUCUAGUAAGUAAACAGUGCAAAAAGGGAUAAAGGAUGGAGCAGUUGAAGAUAGCUUGCAUGUCUUAUGCUUGCAUGAAUGACAGAUUACUCAUUAUCUGGGCAGAAAAGGAAAAAGGUUUUAGAUCUCAUAAGGAAACUUGGAUAAAUCAGUGAAAGAUAUAUCACAUCUCAUUCAGGUUUUAACACAAGAAACCUGAACAAGAAUAUGAAGAAGGGAAGAAUGAAUUCUGGCCUCCAAAGGUGGUGGAUAUCAGAUAUGGGAGAUGAAGAAUUUGUGGAAUCUCAAGGGUGAGAUUUCUAUUUCAAGGUCGGAGAGCAUUGUUAAAGCUCAAGAUGCCUGGGAAGCUAAGUUGGUUGAUACCCAGGCCUCAAUGAGUUAGAAGUGGAUUCCAACUUUUGAUAACAAUGCAAGAAAUAAAGAAGUUGAAGAAGUGGUGUUGAACUCGUUGAAUUAUGGCUGUCUUUGCUGCAUUGCUGCCACAGGGGAUUAGUUUCUACACAUUUGGAAACCAGCUUGGUUGGAGUCAGGCCACAUUGGAGGCUUGAAAGCUACAAAGUGCAGUUCGUAUAUAUAGCUCUAUUCAAAGAUCAGAGGAGUGUCUCCCCACCAAUUGAAUGUUGCUUUGAAUCUCUGCUGCUAAAAUCUGUAUACCAUUAUUACAUUGGGGAGUGCACAUAUGAAUCUGUCGUGGACAACUUCCCAUUGGUGGUGUUAAUGAUGUAGCCGGCCACCUUCCAAACUUUCCUUGUCACCAAGAAGUUCCUAAAUUUGGAAUACCAGCACUGCAAGGGCUUUCAGAACAUCUCCUUGCUCAAAGAAGUUUGAACAUGAUUAGGAAACAACAAGGAUGAAUUCAGCUCCAGUUCUAAUCUAUUGGCCAUAAAAUCAAUGCAAUGCAGAGCCACAGAAGGGAAAAACGGCAAGAAUCAGAGAAACUACCAUACUUGUAGAUAUAUGGUAUGUCAAUUGGAAAAUCCUCCUGUUCUUUUUACACUUUGAUAAUAAUUAAUUAAAGUUUUUAUGCUAACCAAGUUUUAGUCUAGUGUGUACAUGCAGAAAUCUGAGCAUCCAUAGGAAGCAACAACGAUGAAAUUUAACCUCCAGUUGUAAUCUAUUGACUGUAUAAUCAAUUCAAAGCAGAGUGAGUCUUCAAUCCCUCCAAAUGACCCAAAAAGUAUCACUAGAGGCAAAAAGUGUCACUAGCGGCAGCACCAAUGCUAACAUACAUCAUUGCAACAUGUCAUCACCUAAAGAGCAAUCAAUGUCAUUGACAGUCAAGAUUUUCUUUUCUAACACUAUGAAUCAGUUGGAAGGUGCUUGUCUGUGUCAUCCCUGUGCCAAAAAGGAGCGUUACAAUGGUAGACGGUAGUUUUGAUGCAAGAUGUUCUAAAAAUGUUUUACCUCUGUUGGUGCCUCAUCCUUAGUCCCACGUGCCACAACCAAAGAAGCUGAAUGUCAAGUUUCCUACUAGUGCUACUCGUUAUCCAUCACUUUAUGAAGCAAUCGAUGGGUUGUGCAACAGUUACCGAGGCAAGAUUAAAGCAGAAUGGAUUGUUGUGACAAAUUAUUGAUCUGGCACUACCAUGGAGUUUUCUACAGCACUAAUUCAUGGGAAAUAAAAAGCUGAUGAAGUCUUUAGGCCACUUGUGAUGUGUCCCAACCAGGUAAUGGGUAUGCAAUCAGGGAGCUAGUCUCUAGGAUCCAAACACAUAAAUUCAAUUUAGCCUCCUGCUCCUGAGAAAGGGAAAUGAGUGCCAAUAGUAAAAUCACCACAUAUUUGCAGAACCUGAGGUCUCUCAAUUGGGAAGUGAUGGCAGGUUCAGAUACUCAGGCAUGCCUCUUUCACCUAAGCACUGCUUGGGACCCUUGUGUCAAGAGGUUGAGGAGGAUUGCAAUCAUGUUCUAUAUUUAUGUCAAUUUUCUUGCAGUCCUGGUGCAAGUUACUUUCUCCGAUGAUGCUAUUUUGGUCUCAUCCCCUUUGCAUCAGAUUCCUGUUGCAAUGCGUUUGAGCCUUUUCUGGAUUACUCUGGUGGUUUACUUCCUAUUCUGCUGCUUCUCCAUGGCUAGUAAGAUAUGAGGCUGGCUUUAAUGAGAAACGGAGGUGGGUGGACGAGAUUAUUUUUCGUUGUAAGCUUUGUUCUCUGCAUUGGCGUAGAGCUUUGGCUGAUGGCAUCUUGUUCUCGGACUAGGAUUCUGUGGCUUGCUCCCCUUCCUUCCAGUAACAUCUCCGUGGACCUGCUGGCUGCGGUUGAGUGUUAAGAGAUUCCUCUGGCUCUAUUCUAGCUUUGUUUUCUGGCCAAAUUGGUGUGCUAGACCAAUGUUGUUGAAAUAUAAUACUAUAUUUGCUUUGGAAAUAUUCUCUAGGACAUAUUGGAAAGAGAAAAAGGUGCUGGUGGUUGAAUCAGAUUCAACCGUAGUUGUGCCUUGGGUGAAGAAGAUUGAGGAUUGCCCUGGGAAUUUGUGUGUUACCUUCAAUUAGAUUGAUCCACUUACUGCUGACAUUGGUGAAGCCUUCUUUGGUACCAUCUGUUGGGAAGUUAAUGGCCUUGCUGACUCUAUAGUGUGUAGAACUGGCAUGUUCAUGGCUUGGUGGUUCAGCAGGCUGUUAUUUUAUCUCCACCCUUUGGGCGCCAUUCUACCAGGCCUGUUAUUAGAGGUUUUAUGGUGUGCAUAUUUUUACGCCUUUGGGUGUUAUUUUAGUCCAGGGAGAUUGCUUGUUAUCUGUUCAUCAACCCAAUAUAUAAGAACCAACUCAAGCCGCCACAAGAAUAGUCAAGCAGUACAUCACAAGAGUCCAUAACUUUACCAGUAAGUUUUUAUAUUUUACACAUUGAUUGCAUGCUUCA